CUAGACGAUUUUACUCGUCAAUGGGGAAGCUCUGCAGCUUAAUGAGUUAUACAAAAUGAACAUGUCAUAACUUUCUGAAGCUGGUUGGUUUUAUUUAUUUAUUAGAAAUAUCUGAACUUGUUGAAGAUUUUGAGGAUAAUUCUAAGAAAUAUUUUUUUGAAAAUCAUGACAUUGUACGGCGGGAUGCAGGCACAGUUCAACCCAAUAUUUCUAUGGUUAGCCCCUCCCCUAAUUCAGCUAUCCCCCCAACACCUGGGACUUUCACACCAAGAAUCUCAUCAUCAUUUCUGAAACAAUUUGCGUCAUCCACUACACCCAGAUCAAGUUCAGUAAAGCCCAGUAAGGCAGUCAUCCCUAUGUCGAAGACCACAUCAUUUGCUACUGCAAACGUUCCGACUACACUAACUCCUGUAACAUCAAAGAAGCCUUCCACUCCAACAACUGAACGAAAAACUACAAGUAAAGGAACAACUCCAACUGCAGCAUAUCAGUCAACCAGUUAUGUUGAAGUAAGUAAAAAUGGAGAUAAUUUGAAUGAGACUAGAUCAAAAAUCAUGCAGAUUGAAUAUAUACUAGAAAAUACAUGCAUGCAGAAACUCCUCUCCUUGCUGACAAAACCAUUGUAUUUUCCGAACAUGAAGUAUUUAAAGUAGUUUUCAUGGUAACACGAUAAUUUUGUUAAGAAUAUUUUUACAAAUGAAAUGUCCCCUAAAAAUAUCACUUUUAAUUACAAAAUGUUCAAUUCCCCAACCAUAUAUAUGUUAAGUAUGUUAUUAUACGUAAUAUAAGUUUCAAUUUCCUUAAGGCAACAUUCAACCUCAAACGCUUCGCAGGACGUUUUAAAAUGUUCUUUAUAAAACUAUCGAAACUGCCUUUAAAGGCUUUAUCGAAAAACUUUUAGUUUGAAAUAAAAUUAUUUCAAAUUCUCGCAUUCAAACAACUUUGCUUUCUUUUUUAAUGUAAUAAAAAAACGUUAAUCAAUAAAGAAACACUGAAAUUAUAUGCUGUCUUUUUCAUUUAAAAUAUACACAACGAUCAGCUUCAAAAUACAUCGUUAUAAUGCAAACUUUACAUUUGACCAAUCAGUGUCCGCUAUUCAUGACAGUCCGCCAUAUUUUUGAGAUCAGUGGGGAUGACCACCCACCGAAACUUCGUUGGUGAGCCACGCCCGCGAUCAUUGAUGAACUUUAGACGUGUAUAUCAACGUGCAAUGUAUAUAAUUUUUAAAGUGCGUAUUUUAUCAACAAUCGGUUUUAGACAAUCGGAAAUAUAGAUAAUUCUACCGAUUGUCUACCGAUAAUUAAGGCAAAAAUCGGCCCGUUUCCAAUAGUAGGCGAUUUUCCAAUUUUUGAUAAUAUUACAAUUGUUGUCUUUAGUUUUCCUUUUUGCCCAUUUUUUAACUUGAUUUACUUUAGCCAUGCUGAAACUUAAAAUGUAGUACAGGGCUCAUGGCAGCAUUAGUUGAAGUUCUUUUUGAAAAGAGAUGAUUAUGACAGUAUAUACUAAAACUGUCUGUACCAGUGUGGGUAGUACCAAUGUGAAAAUGCUGUGCUGAGUGGUUAUCACUGGAAAAAAAAGUGAAAUCCAUACUACGAAAUUUGCAAUUGCACCACUAAAUGCAUAGUAUAUCCAUCCUAUUUCCAUACUAUAUCCAUACUAUGGAAAUAUACCAUGGAUUACCAAAAUCCAUUCUAUUAAUUCUAUUAAUUUUAUUAUAUACCAUGGAUUACCAAAAUCCAUUCUCCAAUAAAGGUCCAUAUACAAUUUCCAUUCUAUGACCUUCUAUGGAUUUUCAAAUUUUUUUCCAGUGUAUAUUACUACCUGAAAAAAAAACAAGCAGAAACUCAAAUUAUGAGACAUCUAAAAUAAAAAGUGAUUAUUAUAAGACAUCCAAAAUAAAAUAUUAUAUAUCCCAACUCUCAUAAACAACCAUGUAGUGUUCAUAGAUAUGGUAGUGUUGUUUUAGUCAUCUAAAACUAAAACCUUAUUUUAGUCGUGCCAAAGUAAUUUAGUCAGCUAAAACUAGAACUAAAUAAAUUAAGAUAAAUACUAAAACUAAACCAGAACUAAAGCGAUUUAAGAGAUAAAAACUAGAACUAUGCUACAACUAAAGCAAAAUCAGCAGCAAGUACUAGAACUACUUGAACUAAAAGCAAAAUUACCAUCAUGCAACAACUAAAACUAAACGACAGAAUUUAAUUAGUAUCUGUAGUAGUAGUAGUAGUAGUAGGAUUAUAUGUGAAUGUUUCCUACCCAUCCUGUACUGAUAUCCACACCUGUUAUGUACGUAAGUGUAAUCAAUUAUCAUAUCUGUCGGUUUGAAACACCCUAGGAAACACUCACAUAUCCAUAUAAAAUUUGGCCUUCGAGGGGACUUGGUACACAUCGUGAACUGAUCGUAAACUUUCGAUUCCGCCUUCCGCCGAUGAUUUUAUACUUCCUAGCUGUUCCUGGAAAACUGAAACAAUUUUUCGAAACCUCGACCCUGGUUUACAUUGGGUUAUUUAUAAAUAAAGUUGUCUUAGUUUGUAUAGUCCUGCCAGGCUGCCAGUGCAUUAUUGACUUCAGUCACUUGAACAGGUAAAUAAAGCAACUUUGAAUUCGAAAUAAACAAUUGCUGAUUUUGAAUAUAUGAUAUUUGGUCUUUCCUGGCCUAGUAGUGGCCUUUACACAAACAGUUUCGUACAUAUUUGAAGCACUGAAAACUAAAACUAAAUGUUUGCUUAGCUAGGACUAAACCAGAACUAAAAUGAAAUUCCUGUUUCGAACUCGAACUAAACUAAAACUAAAAUAAAAUUUCUGUUUCAACUAGAACUAAACUAAAACUGAAAAGAAAUUAAUUUUUCAAACUAGAACUAAACUAAAACUAAACAUAAAUUACUGCAUUAAACUAAAACUGAACUAAAACUAAAUUGAAAACACCAUACUAAAACAACACUACAACCAUGCAGGUUUGGGUGAAAGCGGUUUAGGAAGGAGUAAAAUAGUUUUGAAUCACUUAAUCACAGUAGUUUAUCUUUACGAUUCGUCAUUGGUUAAAGUGAAAAAUGCAACACGGAUUUACGCUAUAUUUAUUUUAAAGAAAGUAACUGAUGAUAAACCAUGUGCCACACGUCGCUCUGGCUGCCGCCAAAAGCCCUGGAGUGUUAUUCCAAAAUUGUCUGUAAACUACAUUCAUGUCGCUCUGAAUUGUCCUUGCCUGGAGGUAAUCAAUCAGGUUUAGUUGGGAUUGAGGCGUAUUUAUUGAGACAUUUUCUUAGCCAGGUUCCGUACAAAUGGCAACCAGAGUGACCAAUAUACGAUAUCGAUAUCCACUCUGAUUCGUUUUCUGCGUCAUUGUCCAGCUUUGCAUAUGUGUUGAUAUGUGAGGAUGAAAGUUGUGUGUUAACUAGGACUCCAGGUCCCGUACAAAUGGCAAUCAGAAUGACCAAUAUACGAUAUCGUCCCACUCGGUGAUUGUGCAACUUUGCAUAUGUUGAUAUGAUCAGUGAAAUGAAUAUAACUGGAACGCUACCUCUCACCCGAGAUUUGAAGCCAAACUUGAAGACCAGUCCUAGUCUUCUCACGCAUGUUAAGAUGCUCAAUCAGUCAAUCGUGAUAUAAACACGCGUGUCUGGGUGUCAGAUUUGGCUUCAAGAAAUAGAUAGGCAGGUAAUCUGAAGGUAGCAUUCCAGUUAUAUUCAUUUCAAUGGACUGCAUGGAUAUCUGAUAUCCAUACUGUAAAUGAAGCCAGGCGGCCAUAUUGAUGUGACGACCACAAAUUUACUGUGGUGUUGCUGACAUAUUAGAAGAGGUUCUUAAAGUUUCUGGUGACUGCCCGGAAUAAAGAAAUAUUUCCCCAAGAGAAAUUGGUUAUACAAGUGGCCUCUCUUCCUUCUGAAAUUUGCCAGUGAAUAAUUAAUGAGGUCACAGCAAUAUGGUCGCCUCAAGUCUCAUCUCGUGUUUAAAACCAUCUAAAAACUCAUUUGAAGAGGUGUGGGAAGCAAUAUUUUAGAAGAAGAUAUUUUCUUGAUACUAUAACUGAUUUAGACACGUAACGAUGUGAUUCGUAUUGUAAGGGAUGUGACAGAUUUAGAAAUCUCUCCUUCAAAAUUAAUUCCCUGAAUUCAAAAGGGUGCAUUAUCCAGUCCUAAUUUUGAGAUUAGUCCAGCGGUGUAGUCCUGGAAUGUUAACAAGGGGGGCUCUCCAACAGGGGUGAAACUGCGGUAUUACGGCUGGGGGGGAGGGUGAGCUUGUUUUGCCCGACCAAAAAGGCGUUUCCGUGUUCUCCAAAAGUGUCCUGAACUGGGGGGUGUUUACAAUAUGAUAUUUUGUAAAUUCUAAAUUUUGUUGGGGGUUUUUCUAAUAAUUGUGGGACAAACAUUCAAAAUUACGCUUAUUCAAAACAAUUGCCGUUAGUAAUAUAAAACAUUCUGAGCGUCUCAAAAGGGUAUGUAAUACUAGAUUCCCCUUAUUACGUUUUCGUAGCGCUUUUCAUUGUGGUUAUAGUGGUAUCACUGAUAUUCAAGAUGGCUUAUUUUUUGUCCUGACCCGUGCAAGAACUUUUAAAAAAGCUAGGGUCAGGUGCGCGAUAGCCAACAGCAAAAUAUUCGCGAAAACAUUAAAUAUUUUCAUUCGAGGCCGCUAUCUUUAUCAGUGAUACCACUAUAACCAUAAUGCAAAGCGCCACGAAAACGUAAUAAGGGGAAUCAACAAUUCAAGGUUUCUGUACUACUUUUUGUGGAUGCAAUUCUAAAGAAUAUUCUCUUUUAAGAUUAUGCAAAAAUUAUAGGGGGGAUUAACAAGGGGGGCUGAGCCCCCUGAGCCCCCACCCCCUCCACUACACCACUGAGAUUAGUAGUGUUUACUAUAGCGACUUCUUUAUAAUGGUAUUGUUGUUUUUGCGUAGGAUCAUCACAAGUAUUACAGAUCACAGUACUACAGUCAUGGAAGGCAGUGGUGGUUUAAUCUGGAUGAUGGUACUCAUGGUAGUAAAAAACCUAAAUUUCAUAGGGAACUUUCAAAGAACAUAAUAUUCUCUGAUGUAAGUUGAUCGUUGUGCAUACCGUAAUUCCCUCUUUGUAUAACCUCCUUCUAGAAUAAGUUUUGGAGCCCGCCAUUCUAUAUGCCGCCAUAAAAAUAAAUGUGUGCUGAAUGGACAGGGUACAUGUAUAUUAGCUACAGUAAAAAAUUAGGCGUCAUAGGCUGUUUUCCCAAUUACGUUUAGCUUGUUCAACUUUAAAACUUUGCUAAAACAGAUCAGUGUUGCGAGGAUGCCAUCUGUCUGUUUUUAGUAUUACACAAAAACAAUGUCAGUUGACUUGGACUUCAAAUUUAGCUCGGCCAAUAAUAAGCCACGAGAAUGUCACUUACAAGAUGCGACAUUCAGACCAAAGUUAAGAGAUGUCUCGUAAUGGGACACAUCUCUUAUUUCGGGUCUGAAUGUCACUGAAUUUUCCAUUUUCAUUAAAUUGCUGAUUUUUUAACACCUUGUUAGAUCGACUAGUUGUCCUUAUUUAUGUGACCAUGCAUGUUUUCUUUUUGUCAUUCACAAUUGAAUGAUUGAAUGAACAACUUUAUUUAAAGAGGGUAAAAACACAUGACAGCAAUAAACUGAAAAUCCUGUGGCCCUCUGUGGACAAUAUAUACAAAUUAAUGAUCAAGAAUUUUGUUUGUUAAUUGUUUGUUUUAGACUGUAAAUAAUAUUUUGGACUUUAAUCUACCGUACUAAGAAUAAUAAGUUGUUGGAUGGCAGAAAUCGUAAAACUAUAUUUUCAUUUCUCUUGUAAAUUAUUAUAGUUGUUGAAGACAUCAUUUAUUUUUCCAUACUAUGGACAUCUUGUUAACAAUGUAACCAUUACGAACAAAGGUAGCGUCUUCUUUAAUAGUAUUCGG